AUGAAGUUCAUCGUGCCAAUUCUCCUCUCUUUGGUGGCCUCUGCCUCCGCCCACUACACCUUUGCCUCUUUGGUCGUAAACGGCCAGACGACCCCCGCAUGGCAAUACGUCCGACGCACGGAUAACUUCCAGCACAACGGUCCCGUCACUGAUGUGAACAGCGUCAACUUCCGAUGCUACAACCAAGGCACACGGGCCACCGCUCAGACAUACAAUGUCAACGCUGGUUCUCGUAUCGGCUUUGCGUCCCCUGGUGGUAUUUCUCACCCUAGCACCACAAACAUCUAUAUGGCACGAGCUCCCGACGGUGUCGAUGUCGCCAACUGGGACGGCAGUGGCCAAGUUUGGUUCAAGGUUCACGAGAUCACUGCUGUCACUGACGGUGGUCGCUCCAUCCGAUUCCCUUCCGAAGGAAUGAGGACGGUUGAGUUUACACUUCCCAGCUCCCUUCCCAGUGGUCAAUACCUCGUCCGAAUUGAGAACGUUGCUCUUCACUCUGCUCAAGGAUAUGGUGGCGCUCAAUGGUACAUCUCGUGCGCCCAGAUUAACGUCCAGGGUGGAGGAGGCGGUAGACCCAGCCCAUUGGUCUCCAUCCCCGGUGUAUACAACGGCCGGGAACCCGGAGUUAUGAUCAACAUUUACUAUCCCAUCCCUGCUAACUACGUUCAACCCGGACCUGCCGUCUGGAGAGGAUAA